GCGAGCGCUGGAUACAGCGAGAGCCGCAGAGCGCGCUGGAUUCUCAGCCUUCCUUACCGAAAAGCCGAGUAUUUCCCUGCCUUUUCUGCCCAACCGCCACCUCCCUUGCACUUACUUAUUCUAUCCCCAGGAAACCCAUUGACGUUUUUCCUCCUUCCUUAUAGUUUUGUUUUCGGCUUUUAUUCACAGACUGAACAACUGGUUCAUGCACUGUUGCUUAUUUGGAUUUGUCCGACAUACGAGGGACGGUGGAUGAGCUGCUUUCGCCAAAACCGGAGAUGGAAUUGCUGAUAAUAUGCCUUUCCUUAUGGAUGUUGCAAUGCAAUUCAGUGGCGAGCGCGGACUCCAUCAUUCACAUCGGUGCCAUAUUCGAGGAGAACGCAGUGAGGGAUGACGAGGUUUUCCAGCUGGCGAUCUCAGACCUCAGUCUCAACGACGACAUUUUGCAGAGCGAGAAAAUCACACACUCCAUAAAACUUGUUGAGGCGAACAACCCUUUCCAGGCGGUCCAGGAAGCCUGUGAGCUGAUGACCCAGGGCAUCCUGGCCCUGGUCACCUCAACGGGCUGUGCAUCGGCCAGCGCCCUCCAAUCCCUGACGGACGCCAUGCACAUCCCGCACCUGUACGUCCAGCGGAGCGGCGAGGGCUCGCCACGCACCGCCUGCCAGCUCAACCCCAGUCCUGAUGGCCAGCGCUACACCUUGGCGGCGCGCCCACCCGUCCGCCUCAACGAAGUCAUGCUCACGCUGGUCGGCGAGCUGCGCUGGCAGAAGUUCAUUGUCUUUUAUGACAAUGAGUAUGAUAUCCGUGGCCUACAGAGUUUCCUGGACCAGACAUCUCGGCAGGGGCUGGACGUAUCUCUACAGAGAGUGGACAGGAACAUCAGUAAGGUCUUCUCGAACCUCUUCAACACCAUGAGGACAGAGGAGCUCAACCGUUACAGGGACACGCUGAGACGUGCCAUCCUACUGCUCAGCCCCCGAGGAGCGGAGGCCUUCAUCCAGCAGGCUGUUGAAACCAACCUGGCUUCCAAGGACAGUCACUGGGUGUUUGUCAAUGAGGAGAUCAGCGACACAGAGAUCAUGGAGCUGGCACACAGUGCUUUGGGGCGGAUGACAGUGAUUCGUCAGAUCUUUCCUCUGUGGAGGGACAGCAACGUGCGCUGCAUGAGGAACAACCACCGCAUCUCCUCCCUGCUCUGUGACCCACAGGAAGGAUACCUACAGUCACUGGAGGUGUCCAACCUGUACCUGUAUGACAGCGUGCUGGCGCUGGCCAAUGCCUUCCACAGGAAGUUGGUGGACAGGAAGUGGCACAGCAUGGCCAGUCUCAACUGCAUCAAGAAGUCCACCAAGCCAUGGAAUGGAGGCUGGUCCAUGCUGGAGAACAUCCAGAUGGGACAUAUCACAGGUCUCACAGGAACAAUGGAUUUCAAAGCGAAUGGAUCCAAUUCUCAUGUUCAGUUUGAAAUUCUGGGCACCAGCUUCAGCGAGACGUUUGGAAAAGACGUGAAAAGGCUGGCUACGUGGGACUCAGUCCAUGGUCUGAAUGGGAGCCUGAAGGAGAGUCGCAUUGAGAACGGCAUGCAAGGAGUCACGGUCAAAGUAGUAACACUACUGGAGGAUCCCUUCGUCAUGGUGGCUGAGAACAUCCUUGGUCAGCCCAAGCGGUACAAAGGCUUCUCCAUCGACGUGCUCGACGCCUUGGCCAAGAUCCUGGGCUUCAAGUACGAGAUCUACCAGGUGGCCGACAGCAAGUACGGCUCGCAGCUGCCUAAUGGCUCCUGGAAUGGAAUGAUCGGGGAGCUUAUAAACAAAAGAGCUGACCUGGCCGUGUCAGCCAUUACCAUCACUCCAGAGCGGGAGAGUGCGGUGGACUUCAGUAAGCGCUACAUGGACUAUUCUGUGGGGAUCCUGCUGAGGAAACCAGAGGAGAAGAUCAACAUCUUCUCACUGUUUGCUCCGUUUGACCUGGCCGUGUGGGGGUGUAUCGCUGCAGCCAUCCCCGUGGUGGGAGUUCUCAUCUUCCUGCUAAGCAAGAUGCAGUCACUGAGGACCCAGAAUCCUCCAGUGCCACACCAGCAGCCCGCCACACAAGCGUCCAACUCCCUGUACAGUGCUAUCUGGAUAGUCUAUGGAGCCUUUGUACAGCAAGGAGGGGACAGCGUGGUGAGCUCUGUGGCCCUGAGGAUCGUCAUGGGCAGCUGGUGGCUCUUCACCCUCAUCGUAUGUUCCUCCUACACGGCCAACCUGGCAGCCUACCUCACCGUCUCCCGCAUGGACAACAACGUACGAACAUUCCAGGACCUGUCCAGGCAGAUGGAUGUGUCCUACGGCACUGUGAGAGACUCAGCCGUCUAUGAAUACUUCAAGAACAAGGGCACCAACCCGCUGGAGCAGGACAGCACAUACGCAGAGCUGUGGAGGACCAUCAGCAAGAACAAUGGCCAUGACUACUCAGUGUCCAGUCCCUCAGAAGGCAUCCGCAAGGCGAAGAAGGGCCCGUAUGCCUUUCUAUGGGACAUGGCUGUGGUGGAGUACGCCGCACUGACGGACGAUGACUGCACCAUCACUGUCACAGGAAACAGCAUGAGCAGCAAAGGCUACGGCAUCGCCAUGCAGCAUGGGAGUCCAUACAGAGACCUCUUCUCCCAGAAGAUCCUGGAGCUGCAGGAAAAAGGAGACCUGGACAUCCUGAAGCAGAAGUGGUGGCCGCGUACGGGCCGCUGUGACCUCAACAGCCACUCCAACGCCACGCCCGACGGGAGGUCCCUGAAGCUGCACAGCUUUGCCGGUGUCUUCUGUGUCCUGGCCGCCGGACUGCUGCUGGCCUGCCUGGUUGCCGGCCUGGAGAUGUGGUGGAACAGCAACCGCUGCGGGCAAGAGCAGCCCAAAGAGGUUACUAAGGAUUACAGACUGGCAAGGGUUUCUGGUCCAUUGACAUAUAAUGACAUUACCACUGCUUCACCGGAAGGGAGGAAGGACAUUUGGACAGAGAGAGAAAGAGACUGGGAUGAAGCAGAAGCUAUUGACACAGGACAAGGAGGUGAAUCUGGAACAGGUGCAUCGGCGUAUGAACAGUCUUAUGGACGAGGACAUGGCACACAAGCAGAUCCCUGGCCCGUCUAUCGAGAUCUCUGCGCUGGACAUCGACAGCAUGCAGCCCAGCCGGCAGCUGGAGUCUGUGCGGGACUACCCGGGCAGGGGCCUGUCUGUGAGCACCUAUCUCCCGGGGGAGGGCCAUGGGGUGGGCCUGGGUCGGACACUAGCUCAGGGCCCUGGCAGCACACUCCCCCACCACCCCCCCAGCAGCUCCACCAUCCCCUCCAUUCAGUGCAAACACAGAGCUCCCAACGGGGGUCUGUUCCGACUGAGUCCCGCCAAGACACCCAUGCCAAUGUCAUACCAGGGAGUUCCCGGAGGACCCAUCCCAGAAGCCAUUGAGCCCACCCACAGUACAUCCAUCUGAUGGUGCCUCAACGUCACAUCUCCUACCCCUCACCUGAUUUUUGUGGGGUAUUAUUUGUGGGGGGAAAAAUAAAAAAAUAAAAAAAUUGGGAAAGUGUGCAAACAAGAGAAAUAAGAGAUUUUUAUUACCUGUUGAACAACCGACAUCAAAGGAAAAGCAAAUUUUUUUGUAUAUAUUUGUAAAUACUGAGAGAACGAAGUGAAGUUAAAGUGUAUUUUGAAUAUUCUCAAUUUUUCAAGUUGAGUUAUAAAAAAACUAAAUAAUAUGAAAAAAAAAGUAAAAAAAAUGACUGUUUGAAUGGCUUUGUAAAUUUUGUUCUAUAUGAAUAAUGACGCAAAUUCAUUGUGAUUGUUUUCUAAGUGCCGAAAAAUGUCUCUCCACAGUUCAUUCUUAGAUUACCAUUCACCAUAGGACAUAAUGUUGAACUCCAACUGUUAUGCACCUCUUUAACAACCUUAUACUUCAGUAUCAGAUAAGAAUAUU